CAAGUCGCCAUCCUUGCCUGACAUUUCAGGAGAAAUGGUUGAACCUGUGGGCAACCACUAUGUUGUUGCCAGACCUGUGUACUCGGAGAAUUUGUUCAAUGAAGAGCAUGAGAAAUUGCACAGAUACCAUAAAACCUUUUGGGAUCACCUGAAACUAUAUUUCCGCUGCUCCCCACAAAGGGUCAAAAAAAUUGCUUUGGGUUUGUUUCCCAUCGUCUCGUGGCUGCCAGCGUACCGCUUCAGGGAGUGGAUCCUGAGUGACAUUGUCUCCGGCAUCAACACGGGGCUCGUGGCUGUCCUGCAAGGUCUCGCCUUUGCAUUGCUGGUGAACGUGCCACCCGGUUAUGGACUCUAUGCGGCAUUUUUCCCUGUCCUGGUCUAUUUUAUCUUUGGCACAUCCAGACAUAUCUCAGUGGGUCCCUUCCCCGUCCUGAGCCUGAUGGUGGGAGGAGCUGUUGUCAGGCUGGUCCCCGAUGACAGCGCUGGAAAUGGCACUUCCACAAAUAUCUCAGCAAUAAAUGAAGAGAGGGUGAUGGUGGCUGCAUCUGUAACCUUCCUUUCUGGGGUUUUUCAGUUGCUUCUGGGAAUUCUUCAGUUUGGAUUCAUCGUUAUUUAUCUAUCACAAUCAUUAAUCAGCGGUUUCACGACUGCAGCGGCUAUCCAUGUUGUGGUAUCUCAGCUGAAAUUCAUGCUUCAACUACCUGUCCCUGGAUUUAAUAAACCAUUUGGCAUCAUCUAUACUCUGGAGAGCGUUUUCACCCAGAUCACAAAAACAAACAUUGCUGACCUUGUCACAUCCCUUGUUGUCUUGCUUAUCGUGUUCGUGGUGAAAGAAAUGAACGAUCGAUACAAAGCAAAGUUACCAACUCCCAUCCCUAUCGAACUCCUUGUGACAGUCUUAGCAGCAUUGUUUUCCUAUUUCAUUAACUUUGAAGAAAAAUUUAAUGUAGCUGUCGUCGGAAAACUAGAGGAAGGAUUUCAAGCACCUGUUGCACCUGAUGUAGGUGUCCUCCAAAAGUGUAUCGGCGACAGCAUUUCCAUUGCAAUCGUUGGGUUUGCAGUAGCCUUCUCUGUGGCUAAAGUGUAUUCCAUCAAACAUGACUACCCAGUAGAUGGCAACCAGGAACUAAUUGCUUUUGGGCUGAGUAAUAUAGUUGGUGGAUCAUUCAAAGGAUUUGCCUCCAGCACUGCUCUGUCAAGAUCCGGUGUGCAGGAGAGCACAGGAGGCAAAACACAGAUUGCUGGUAUUAUCUCAGCUGUCAUCGUCUUGAUUGUGAUCUUGGCCAUUGGGUUUCUCCUGGCACCAUUACAGAAGUCAGUCCUUGCAUCUUUGGCUCUUGGCAACUUGAAAGGAAUGCUCAUGCAGUUCAAGGAAGUAGGCAUCCUGUGGAGAAAAGACAAGUACGACUGUGUUAUAUGGGUGGUGACUUUCUUAGCUGCCAUUUUUCUUGGCCUGGAUAUUGGGCUAGCAACUGCCGUGGCGUUCCAGCUGCUGACCGUGGUGAUCCGCUCCCAGAUUCCAAGCUGCACUGUUUUAGCUAAUGUUGGGAGAAGUAACAUCUACAGGAACAGGAAGGAUUACACCGAUAUCUAUGAGCCAGAGGGAGUGAAGAUUUUCAGAUGCUCGUCUCCUAUCUUCUUCGCUAAUAUUGAAUUCUUCAGAGAGAAACUCAUCACUGCUGUUGGCUUCAACCCACUGAGAGUCCUGAGGAAACGCAAUAAAGCUCUGAGGAAGAUCAGAAAGAUGCUGAAGAAAGGAGAGCUGCAAGUGACACCCAAAGGCUUGAUUUGCAUGGCUAACUAUACACAUGAGUCAGAUGAAGAAUUAGACAACAACAGGAUAGAGGAGCUGGACCAGCCCACCAACAUGACAGACUUGCCCAUUCAGAUCAACUGGGGCGCUGACCUCCCCCCCGGCAUCACUGUGCCCCAGGUCAACAUCCACAGCAUCAUUCUGGAUUUCUCAUCAGUGUCCUUCCUCGAUUUUUCUGCCAUGAGAGUCCUCCAAAAGACUUUGAAAGAAUUUGUCCGGAUCAACAUCGACAUUUACAUUGCAGGGGCACAUGAGGGCUUCCUGGACAAACUGGAGAGAUGUGCAUUUUUUGAUGAGGAGAUUAAGCCAUCCAUGUUUUUCCUUACCAUUCAUGAUGCGGUUUUACACAUUUUGCUGAAGAAGGACAUAGCCAGCUCCCCCAAAUUAAAGCUUGCUGAGGAGAAGGGUAGCAGCAACAACUGUAUCAUCACCCUCAGCAAUGGACUGCGCAGCCGGGGGAGCACGAUUCCAACAGAAACAAAAUUUUAGUUUUAAUUUUCCAAAUAUAAUAUUCUCCAGCAACACAACAUAACUUACAGAAGUUGAAUGCAGACGCAGCGAUGAGCAUGAAGACAGAAGGAUACAUCCAUAUACCUUAAGAAGAAUUUACUACAGAUGGUUACGUUCCAGGUUUUGGAAUGGCCUUGUUAGUCUUUAUGUGUCUUUGUACAUAUGGGAAUGUAUUUAUGUACAUACAUGGAGGCAAAAAUCACACAGAUUUUCUUAUUUCAUACCUUGCUGACAGCCUACCCACAGUUGAAGAAGCAGGUAAUGUUAACCCUAUUUGCAAAUACUUGUACAUAUAUCUAUAUUAUUCUGACAGUUUGUAGACAAGCUGUACAGUUACUAGAAAAUAUAUAAAUAUUUGAAAUCUUGUAAUU